CGACGAGGAAGAACAGCUUUUAGUGAGACAGCUAUCACUAGAUUAGAAGAUGUUUUUAUGGUCAAUCGAUAUCCUGAUAUUACUCUAAGAGAAUCUCUCGCACUACAACUUGGUGUUGCUGAAUCCAGGAUUCAAGUCUGGUUCCAGAAUCGACGAUCUCGAGGAAGAAGAACUAAA